ACUCAAAAAAGAUGAAAGGAGUAAUAUUUAGCUUAAAAAAAGGGGAAAAAAACAUGAUGGAGCAUCAGAAUUGGUUAAAUUACAAAAAAGCCUCCUUUGGUCCACAAGCUGGAGAAUAGGCAGCUGGUUCUAUACAAGCAAGAAAAUAGAACUGUUGUGUGCACAAUAACUUUAGUCGAUGGCUUUCUCUUCAUUCUUUUCCCGUUUACGUUCUUGCUCGAAACCCAUUUGCAGGAACCUACGAACUUCAAAUUUUCAGAGACCCCAUAUUCCAUCUAGCCUUACAGAGCCGGUAACUUGCUCAAGAAAGGGGCAGGGGACAAUCCCAUCAUGGGCUGCUUCUUUAAUCCCUUUAGCCCUUGCUGUCUCUGCUGGUUCUCUUGCAUUGCAGUCACAGAACUACCCUUCACUCUGUCUGAAUGAUGCUCCACUUUCUGACCCAAAAAGUGGGAAAAAUGGUGGCAAAGGUAGCACCGAUUAUGUCGUGAAAGGUUCUCUUAGGAAAGUUCCACCAGAGCUUAUAGAAGAAUUGAAGGGAAUUUGCCAGGAUAAGAUGACAAUGGAUGAAGAUGAGAGAUAUGUUCACGGGAAGCCACAGAACAGCUUUCAUAAAGCUGUAAACAUUCCUGAUGUUGUAGUUUAUCCAAGGUCUGAGGAGGAGGUGUCUAAGAUAGUUAAGUCUUGUAACAUGCAUAAGCGUGUCAAAGCUUUGCAUGUUGAGGACAUGGAUGUGGUGGUUGAACCAGGCAUUGGAUGGAUGGAGCUCAAUGAAUACUUGGAGUCGUAUGGUCUCUUUUUUCCCCUUGAUCCUGGACCUGGGGCAACCAUCGGAGGAAUGUGUGCUACACGUUGUUCUGGUUCUUUAGCAGUGAGGUAUGGUACAAUGCGCGAUAAUGUUAUCAACCUCAAGGUUGUUCUAGCUGAUGGAGAAGUUAUGAAGACUGCAUCCCGUGCCAGGAAAAGUGCUGCUGGAUACGAUUUGACACGGCUGCUGAUUGGAAGUGAAGGCACUUUGGGUGUUAUAACUGAAGUUACCUUGCGCUUGCAGAAACUUCCACAAUCCUCAGUGGUUGCUAUGUGCAACUUUCCUACAAUUAAAGAUGCAGCAGAUGUUGCUAUAGCCACAAUGCAUUCUGGUAUACAGGUGUCAAGAGUGGAGCUCUUGGAUGAAGUUCAAAUUAGAGCAAUCAAUCUUGCAAAUGAUAAAAAAUUGCCAGAGAUUCCAACUUUGAUGUUUGAAUUUGUAGGCACAGAGGCAUAUGCACGUGAGCAAACACAAAUUGUUCAGAAGAUAGCUUCUGAGCACUAUGGUUCUGAUUUUGUUUUCGCUGAAGAUCCUGAAGAGAAAAAGGAACUCUGGAAGAUAAGAAAGGAAGCACUUUGGGCAUGCUUUGCAAUGAAACCUAAGUUCGAGGCAAUGAUAACGGACGUGUGUGUACCCUUGUCACAUCUUGCUGAACUAAUUUCAAGAUCAAAACAGGAGCUGGAUGCUUCUCCUUUAACGUGCACCGUCAUUGCUCAUGCUGGUGAUGGAAAUUUCCACGUAGUAGUUCUAUUUGAUCCUACCAAAGAGGAACAACGAAGAGAAGCUGAGAGGUUAAACCACUUCAUGGUCCAUACCGCGUUAUCAAUGGAAGGUACCUGUACAGGAGAACAUGGUGUUGGUACUGGGAAAAUAAAGUAUCUGGAAAAAGAACUUGGGAUUGAGAAUUUGAGGACGAUGAAAAGAAUAAAGGAUGCUUUAGAUCCCAACAAUAUCAUGAACCCUGGCAAGCUUAUUUCACCUCACAUAUGCUUUUGAGAUAGCUGUGUGAAAUGGUUUCCUUUGUUCUCUUUACCCCCAAUUAUCUGUUGUGACAUUGUAUUCUAUGUUAGAUCAAGUUUUGUCAACUAGCAGUGACGUUGCUAGUGCAGAAUGAAUUUAAUUCGGCGUUCGAUUGUGGUAUUCUAUCGUUAUCAACCAUUGCUUCGGUAUAUUGAAGUUCGAUAUAGUUUUACUACAAAUAUAUUGAUUCUUGACUACAUUUCACCUUUUAAAUACUA